AUGUAUCGUAACAUCGCUUUGACCCUGGUUGUUAUGGCUGCCAGCCAUAUGUGCUUGGCUUCUCCAGUUCCAGAGCCAGAUCCGCAUGGGCACAGAACACACUUGAGAAUUCACGUACCGUAUGACGUUCAUACAGUACACCAUCACCACAUCAAAACCGUUCCUGUGAUCAAACAUGUUCCAGUUAUCAAACCGAUACCCAUCAUCAAAGAGGUUCCUAUAAUCAAAACCGUGCCAGUCGUACAUCAAGUUCACGUGCCUGUUCUCAACACGGUACACGUCGAAAAGCCCGUGUUCAUACCUUUCCACGAUUCGUGGCAUUAA